UUCCCUCACAGUGCUAACCCAAACCUCUCGUGUUUUUCCACAUUUGUCCUCUUCUGCCCCCAAACUCCAACCCCCGUUUAAGUAAUUGAUGGAGUGGAGGAAGGAGAGUUUCGCUCGAUAGACGAGCAGCUGGCAGGAACAGAGUUGUGGUAAAGAAAGCAGCCCGAGGGAAGUGAUACACACUGAGGCGAGCGGAACCAGGCGAAGACAAGGAAAAGAGAAGACCGCUUCAGGUGACAGAGCCGCGAUGGAGGCGCACGUCAUGUGUGAAUAGGGAGCACCGCUUCUGGAAGCGCUCUCAUUGUUAAGGUGGAUUACAAAGUGAACCCCCUGCAGGACUGACCGGCUGCCUUUGUCCUUUUUACUUGGCGGAUUAGAAUCAUGAAUGUGUCCCCCACAGACCGCAGGAAAAACAUGCGAGAACUGGCUUUGGAGAUUGGCAUCCGAGUUCUGCUUUUCGGAGUUUUUGUAUUUACGGAGUUUCUGGAGCCCUUUGAGAGAGUGAUUCAACCGGAGGAGCUCUGGCUCUACAAGAAUCCUCUAGUUGAGUCAGACCACAUUCCCAAGAGGGUUAUGUUCGCAAUUUCAUUUCUUACCCCACUGGCGGUCAUAUUUGUGGUGAAGAUAAUCCAGAGGACGGACAAGACAGAGAUCAAAGAGGCAUGCUUAGCUGUGUCCCUGGCUCUUGCCCUGAAUGGAGUCUUCACAAAUACUAUCAAGUUGAUUGUUGGCAGACCUAGGCCGGAUUAUUUCCAGCGUUGUUUUCCAGAUGGACAAAUGAAUGCAAAGAUGUUGUGCACCGGGGAGCCAGAUCUAGUUGCCGAGGGACGCAAGAGUUUCCCCAGCAGCCAUUCCUCCUUUGCAUUCUCUGGUCUUGGCUUCACCUCCUUCUACCUGGCAGGGAAGCUGCAGUGUUUCACGGAUCAGGGUCGAGGGCGUAGCUGGCGUCUGUGUGCCAUGGUGCUGCCUCUCUACAGCGCUAUGAUGAUUGCACUGUCCCGCACUUGUGACUACAAACACCACUGGCAAGACGCCUUUGUUGGAGGAGUGAUCGGGUUACUGUUUGCAUAUAUCUGCUACCGCCAGCACUACCCACCCUUUCUACACAUGGACUGCCACCUGCCUUAUGCCAGUCUGGCUGCAGCAGCCCACGCACCUUCACAUCCCCAGGAUGACCCGCAGCCCACUGACAAUGCCACCUCUCUUCCCCUGGAGGGCUUGACCGAAGGGCCAGUAUGACUAGUGGCCAAUGCCGAGACUCUCUCCAACACCGUCACCAGUCCUCUGAGCUCACUUCCCCAUUCCCAGUGAUGGACUGGUUCUUGUAUUGUAUACAUUCCAGUGGACAGUAACAGUCCUCACUCAUCUCCAUACAGUUACAUCCAGUUUCGGUGGCAUCUACAUUCUUUUGUGUUUAUGUCUAUUUUUUUUUAGAUAUAUAAUACAAUUCUGGCUUAGCAGCCGUGGAAGUCUAUAUUUAGCUAUGAUGUAUGAGAGGAACCUAUGAAUAUGGGACAUCACCACUGAGAGGGAGGAGAAAAAAAAGGCUGAAGACCUAAGGAAACAAGUCUUGUUAAUGGCUGUGAAGAAAAAUGAAAAUAUUGCCAAGUUUUACUGGAGUGUAUUUGCUUAAAGAGAGACAUGUUUUGGCAGGUUGUUUUAUGCUGGAAUAUAUUUAAUGGUUGGCUGCUAAGUGAGAAGACCCUGAGAAAUCUCAUGAAAUGCCACAGCAAUCGAACAUGAAAUCAAACCAAUUAAACAUCCACCAAUCAAACAUAUUAGAUGUCACAGUUAGAAACAAAUGACUGGACGAGUAGCAACUUGUGCCAGAAAUCCAAUGACAUUUUCUAUACUUACAUUAAGCCUUUUAGACGUACGCUGCAUUUUCAGAGGGCACCAGUGUUUUGCUUAAAAACUCAUACAGAUUCAUACCUCCACAGCUUUUAAGUUCUUUGUUGUCCAUAGCUAAUUAAUGAAAAAUUUGAAACCAAUACACGCCUGGAGAAAAGCACUGUCCGUGUCAAGGACAAGCCUCAGUGGUCCACAGCCAUUCUCCUCUCCAUUCCCCCAUUUUGUAUUAUUAUAUUAUAUUAUUGUCUCAUUCCCUUGAAUUUAUGUAACUGUCCAGUGCACUCCUGCAUAUCACCCUUCCCCACUCCUCUUCCUCACUUUGUCACUAUCCAGCUUUAUUUUCACAAGCCAUGCAUUUAUCACUUUUACAGAGGUAGCAGAGGGAUGUGGUCCCAAAUUGUGCAGUCAGUAACAGACAGGUGGGAACAGUGUGGUGGAAGUGUGUCUGGAUGGGCACAAACUCCAAUCUGGUCCUGCAUUAAUCCUCAUUACAGAGAAUCAGCCACUGCUACUUAUGAGAACAUUAGGACUAUAUGAGCUGCCCCACAGGCUGUCCAAGCAUUGCAAAGUGCUUUCAGUCCACUGUGGCCCUACAAAUAGACAAUCUAGCAUUCAGCAGAUGUCAGGCCUAAACUCGAGUCAGCGAUUUUGAUUACUCAUUAUUCAUCUGUUAAUGUUCCAUUAUUUAUUAAUAUUUCCAGCCUUAAUUUAGGGACACCACAGUGAAAUGAAAGAGACACCAAAGAUUUGUAGCUUUCCUCUGCUUGGGUUGUAUGCAUCCUUUUAGGCUUUAUUAACAGAGAGGACACAUCAAUAAUGCUAUUUGUAGCUUCUUACAAGUUUGGUUAGAAAUGAUGGAACAUUUUUGUUGUCUUGGUUACUGGGCCUUUUCUUGCCAUUGCUGUGACAUUAAUGGGAAGGUGCAGUCUCUAAUUCAACCGAGCUACAUGGUGAGACAAAGAUUAAAUAUUUUCAAGCAAGGGAAAAACAGGAUAUAGCACAUCAAAAGAGCAUGAUAUGAAAAGAGUAGUAAGCAGAAUUUAGAGUUAUUUUGCAAUUUUAUUAUUUUUGACAGCAUGAUAGUUAACCAUAUUUUCACAUUUGUCUGUUUCCUGUCAAAGGAUCACACAUUUUGUAGAAAGCAUCAGAAACAGCCCCACCUUCAGCUGCUGUUUGCUUAAUUCUCAACACAAUUGGCUUGUGGGCACAGGAAUAGACAAGAAAAGUUUCUUUCUCUUCCUAUGUUUGAAAUUAGUUUGACAUCAUUUUCAAAAUCUGCUACAAUUAAACCUCUGUUAUUAAUUAAAUCCAUUGGCAGCUUGUUAAGACUCUGUCUGUUCAUAUGUCAUAUGUGUUGUUGUACUUACUACACCUUUUUGAGCUUUAAGACCUGGUUUUUGGGGUUUGGGUUAGAAUUAGUUUCAGGUUAGGGUCAAGGUAAGGGUUAGGGUUAGUUCUCAUGGUUUAAGGUUAGGGGCUAUAAAACGCAUUACUGUAUGUCAAUGAGUGUGUUCACAAAAAUAGAAGUACAAGUGCGUUUGUGUGUGUGUGUGUGUGUGUGUGUGUGUGUGUGUAGGUUUUGAUGAGGCCUACAAUGGUGCAAUACAAAGUGAAAUCUUACAAGGAGAUUGGCAUCUUGACCAGACUGCACCUUUUUUGCUGGUUCCAGCACAAGUCUGGUGAUGCAGCUGUGGGAUUUUAACAUCUUGACGUAGAUUUAGAGAUGAAAUGAUUGUGUCACUGACACAAUUUGUCUGCAUUUGUCUAACUUGGCAGCCUAAUGUUUGUACUUUUAUCGUUUAGUUUUUCCUUGUGGAUGUUUAGAAUACAUUCAGUACAGAAAGUUUUAAGAGCUCUUAAAAUUUUCCACAUUUUAUAUUCCAGACUCAUCUCAAAAUAUAUGAAAUAAAAUGUUUUAUCAUCAGUUUAUACACAAUAUUUCACAAUGACAAAGUGCAAACAGUUUUUGGAGUGUUCUGUAAAUGCAUUAACAAUAAAAGAAUUAUCCCAUUUAUAUAAGUACUCAGACCCUUUGCUUAGUACUUUGUUAAAGCAGCUUUGGCAGCCACGACAGCCUCAAGUCUUCCUGAGAAUGAAGCUGCAUGCAUGGCACUUUUCUUUUAGAACUACAGUAUCUUCUCCUCUUCUUAGCAGAAUCAUUUAAGGUCAACAAGGUUGGAUGGGGAUCGCUGGUGCACAGCCAUUUUCAGAUGUUCUUUUGGCUUCAGGUCUGGACUGUGGCUGGGCCACUCCACAACUUUAACAAUUUUCCUGAAGCCACUCCUGUGUUUUCUUGACGCUAUGCUUUGAAUUGUUGUCCUGUUGAAAACCUUCACCCAGCCUGAGAUCCUGAGCACUCUGGAGAAGGUUUUCCACUAAGGAUUGCUUUAUAUAUUUCUGCAUUAAUCAUUCCCUCUAUCUCUAUCUUGACUAGUCUCCCAGUCCCAGAUGCAGAAAACCAUGUGCGUGAUGCUGCCACCACCGUGUUUGACUGUAGAGAUGGUAUUAAUGAGGCGAUGCUCAGUGCCUGGGUUUCUCCACACAUGCUGUUGGGAAUAGUGGCCAAAUUUUUGUUUCAUCAGACCAGAGAAUUCUGCUUCUCAUAGUCUCAGAGACGUUUAGGUGGUUUUUGGCCAACUCCCAGUGGGCUGUUGUGUCUUUUAGUGAGGAAUGGCUUCUGUCUGGCCACUCCACCAUAGAGGCCUGAUUGGUGCAGUGCUGCGUUGAUGGCUGUCCAUCCAUAAGGUUCUCUCAUCUCCAGAAAGGAACUUUGGAUCUCAUUAAUAGUGACCCUUUGGUUCUUGGUUACCAGUCUGACCAAGGCCCUUCAUCCCUGAGUACUCAUUUUGACUGGCCGACCAGAGCUAUGAAUAUAGUUGAUGGUUCCAAAUCUCUUGAUGGAGGCUACUGUGCUCUUGGGCACUUUCAGUGCUGCAGAUUUUUUUUGUAUUCUUCCCCAGAUCUGUGUCCUGACACAAUCCUGUCUCACAGGUCUGUGGAUGGUUCUCUCGACCUCAUGGCUUUGUUUUCAUUCUGACAUACUCAACUAUGAGACUUCAGACAGAUAGGUGCGUGCCCUUCCUAAUUAUAUCCAAUGAAUUAAAUUAGGCACAGGUGAACUUUAAUCAAGUUGUAGAAGCAUCUCAAGGACUAUUGAUGACAGUAGAAUGCACCAGAGCUCAUUUGCAAAUAUCAUAACAAAGUGUCUGAAUACUUAUGUAAAUUACAUAUUUCAGUUUUUUAUUUUUUAAUAAAUUUACAAAAUACUCUAAAAGCCUGUUUCCACUUUGUCAUUCUGAAGCAUUGUGUUUGGAUGGAUGAGGAAAAAAAUGAAUUGAAUCUAUUUAAAACUGGGGGUGACUGUGGUUCAGUGGGUAGAACAGUC